UUGAAUCUGACGCGGAAUGAUUGUUGGUUCCCCUCCUCCCCCCUCCCCACUUCUCACUCCUGCUGGUGGAAAAUCAAAAUGCGAAAGCGAUCGGCACUGACGGCGUGUGCGUUGUUCGUUUUGUAGGCGGUAAGGACGAUACGUACGGUGGUUGUGCAUACGCACCCAACGCCGCCGAUCCCAUGGUGUGGUGUUGUCCUCCAGGCGACGCCUCCUGCUGGGGCUGGGGCCAAGCGUGCCAGACAGGAAAGAAAGAGUGCAACAGCGGCACCAUCAAGUGGUGCUGCGACGAAGUGUACGAGGACUGCGAAUUCGAGUUCAACAAAGUGAGCCUGUGCCUCCUGAAGACCGCGCUAUUCGCGAACCCCUUGAGCGCCUCGCCGUCGACACUCGACUCGACAAUGAGCUCCACCAGGUUCACGGCGACCAUCGAAGUGACCGCGAUAGCGGUGGUCGCGCCGUCGGACGCCACGGCGUCGUCGCGCUCCACCAUCACCCGCUCCUCCGGCCCAACAUCGACAGAGCGCCCGGCGUCCUCCGAGGCGCCAACAUUGACAUCCGCCACAUCCGCAGCUGCCUCGGCGAGCGCGGCCGCCUCGCCGGGGAUCAGCACGGGGGCCGCGGCCGGCGCCGGGGUCGGCGGCGUGCUCGGCUUCAUCGCAAUCGUGGUCGGGGUAUUCUGCUUGAUGCGACGGAGCCGGCGGCGGCGGCAGGAGGAGGACGGCGGCGAAAAGGUCGCGGGCGGCAGCGUGGGCGGCGAUCCGUCAGUCGGCUUGAUGAGCCCCCAGGGCUGGCCGCCCGUGGCGAUUUCGGAGUGCGCGGGAACCCCAGUGCAGAAUCGACAUGAGCUAGAAACGAAAACCUGGCAUCAUGAGCUGGAUGUAAACCCGUUGGAGCUGGAGGCGAUGCAGAGGCCUGUCGGAGCUAUGUUGCCGCAAAGAAACGUGACGGAAAUGCAGCGGCCGAGGUGGUGAGGGUAGGGUUAAUGUGUAUAAGUGUGCAUAAUAAUGUAUAAACAAGAAGUAGAACUUCCGUUGAUUCCGGGCUGGCGGGGGGGAUUUUCGGGGUGAUCGGCGGGUGAUUGACGGUGAUAGUAAUCCUGCACUCGUCCUGCAUCGUAUAAGACUGAACAGGAGCGGUCAUGUUUUCCACGAAGUAUGUAAUAUCAUACUGACUACUUCUGCGCCGAUGAACGGUACGCGGGCCAGCCAGCCAGAGGAGCAAUGAAAGAAGAUCGCAUUAGCCUGAAGCGGUGCAUUGUGCAAUGCCAGUUCCGUCACAGCAGCCACA